CCAGUAACGGCAACCGACUCCGCCACAGCCAUGGAGCCCAACUCCGAUGAGAUACUGCUCGACAUGGAGUCCUUGCGCAUCUACCGGAGUGGCAAGAUGGACCGUCUCCACCGUCCCGUUCUUGCGCCUGCCGGCGUCGACGAGGCCACCGGCGUCACGUCCAAGGACGUGGUCGUCGACGCUGACACCGGCCUGUCCGUGCGCAUCUUCCUCCCCGCCGCCAGCCCGGAUCCGUCCAAGAAGGAGAAGCGCCCCGUCCUCGUCUUCUUCCACGGCGGCGCCUUCGUCAUCGAGUCGGCCGUCUCCACGACGUACCACAACUACGUCGCGACCCUCGCCGCCGCGGCCGGCGUCGUCGCCGUCUCCGUGGAGUACCACCUCGCGCCCGAGCACCCGGUGCCCGCCGCCUAUGACGACGCCUGGACCGCGCUCCUGUGGGCCGCGUCGGCGAAGGACGAGUGGCUUGCCGAGCACGCGGACAGUGGCCGCCUCUUCAUCGCCGGAGACAGCGCCGGCGGCAACAUGGUGCACCACGUCCUGAUCAAGGCGGCGUCUUCCCAUUCAGCGCCGAAGAUAGAAGGCGCCAUACUUCUGCACCCUUGGUUCGGCGGGAACACGCUCGUCGAAGGUGAGCCCGAGGCGACGGCCAAGGACAUGGCCGUGAUCUGGGAAUUCGCGUGCCCGACCGCGGUGGGCGGCGUCGACGACCCGAGGAUGAAUCCUACGGCGCCGGGCUCGCCGAGGCUGGAGAACCUCAGGUGUGAUAGGAUGCUAGUCUGCACCGGCGAGAAGGACUGGGCCGGGGCGCGGGGCCGCGCGUACAACGCGGCGGUGACCGCGAGCGCGUGGCGCGGGAGCGCCUCGUGGCUCGAGUCGGAAGGAGAGGGGCACGUGUUCUUCUUGGAGAAGCCGGAGUGCGACAAGGCCAAGGAGCUCAUGGACCGCGUCGUGGCUUUCAUCUCCGGCUCCUGAGUUCACCUGCGCGCAAGAAAGGUGGCGGUGGCUUCCGGCGAGGGGACGGGGCUCCGGCGAAGAAGGGAAACUCGAAAUGGUCGAUCUGAGCGGAGCGUGUGCAAUAUUCAUUUAAUAAAGGGGCUAUAUGUGAAAUGACACUAACCUGUUCAAAUGGGUCUCAAUCUGAGCCGCCUAUGGUCGAUCUAACGGUCAUAUCAGGAUCUAUUUUGAAGUGUUCUUUUUAAAGGGGUUAUAUGUAAAAGAUUACCGCUGAGCUCUUCUGCACCGCUCGAUCUAUGCCGCCUGUUCGAUCGAACGGCGAGAAUGUAUCCAGGUUUGAAUCGCCAGUUCACUCACUACCAUUGGUUCAAUAUGCCUUUGUUUUGAUGCGUUAUAUUUGCAAUAUCUAGGA